AUGGGCUCACCAAUAUCAGGACUGCUAGCCGAACUAUUUUUGCAGCGACUAGAAGAGAUAGUUUUCCAAACUAUCAAGCCUAAACAAUGGCUUCGUUAUGUUGAUGACACCAUCAUAAAAAAGAAGUGCGAAGUCGAACGGCUUCACCAGAGCCUGAAUGACGUUUUCCCAGCCAUAGAGUUUACCCGCGAAGGGGCAAUUGGAGACAGCUUGCCGUUUCUGGACGUGAGGAUACAGAAGUUGAGCGAUGGUAGCCUGGCAACAAGCGUCAAUAGGAAAGACUCUAACUCUGAGAUUAUCCUCAACUAUGGAAGCAACCACCCUGCAGCUCACAAAAGAAGCUGCGUCCGAACUCUGUUCCACCUGGCCUACCGUUAUUGUAACAGCAACGAUCUCCUGAACAAAGAGCUUGCUCACCUGUAUCGGUUAUUCCGCUCUAACGGAUAUCCGAUCAGUUUUGUCAAGAACUGUCUCAGACAGCAGACAGAGUCGCAAGACGCCACCCCCAACGGAGAGAUUGUGACGCGAAAAUUCUUCUCCUUGCCAUAUAUGCGUGGAACUUCUGAAAUAAUCGCCCGGCUGUUCAGCCGCUUGGGUAUUCACGUUGCCCACAAACCGUCAUCUUCACUACGCGCAGCACUAUCUCGAGUGAAGGAUCCCAUCCCGAAAGAGCAACAAACGAAUGUAAUUUAUCGCAUCCCGUGUGCUAAUUGCUCUUGCGCGUAUGUUGGCCAUACAGGUCGAUGCCUGGGCACCCGUAUCAGCGAACACAAACUAGCUAUCCGUCGGCGAGAACCCCUGUCCCUCGUCUUUGCCCAUGCACUCGAGUACGACCACCGAUUCAAUUGGGAUGGCACUGAGGCCGUCGCCAUGGCUAACACAAAGCGAGCGAGGGAAUUUCUCGAGGCUUGGUACUCCAAUGCGGGUAGUAUCAAUCGUCACAUUGAUUUAGACGCCCAUUACGAGGGUCUACGUUAA